UGUAGUUUUGUGAAGGAAACACCAACAUGGCGCUGUCGGUGACUUACCCGAUUGCUUUUAAGAUGUUUUUGGGGUUUUUUGUAAUGCAUUUAAACCAAUGACAAACAAUAUUUUUCACCAUUCAUUAAUACAACAACACAAAGGACUCCUCUGCUGCUGUCUGAUGCGCAACAUGUCUGGGUCUAAUAAUGUGUGGAGUCGAAACCGGGAGAGAUUGCGACUCUUCUCUGAAGUGUUUGCUCAGUGUGCGGAUGAGGUGAGCUCUCAUAAAGGCAGGUUCAGAGGAUUUAGACCGCCUGCUGUUAAACGGAAAGUUAACGGCGUAUGGGAAGUGUGUAGCAGCUACGACGACAGGCAGACAGGAGCUGAAGAAGGACCUGUGUGCUCGAGAGUUCCAGGCACUAAAGACCUGCUUCACCCACGCCGCCAAGAAAAGAACUAAAUGAACGACGAGUCUUUGGUUUGUGGAGCAACAAGGUGGAAACCUCUCAUCUGAUCUGAGGGAUAAACAGAUUUUCUGAUGCAGGAUGAAGUUUUGUGUGAUUUAACUUUAUUCUGUAACAGAGGAACAUGUUCCUUCUUUGUUUUACUUAAACAGACCAAAGUUCAA